CUGAGCUGCAACAUGCUUUCCGACCAGGAAGCCUGCGAUGGUCCCAGCUCUUGGUAACAGAUCAGAAAACUAUUUGCUUUUAAUUUAUAGGAGAACUAGAAACAGAGUAAAGGGCAGAAGGAUGACUGAAAAAUUUGCAGCUCAUUUUUACUUGAAAGAAAAAAGAAAAGCAGAAGCUGCUUGUCUGACCCAAAAGUCAUUUUUAAUGAAGACUCAUAAAUAUUUAUUUUUUUAAGCAACUAAGGCAAAGUCUCGUCUCAUUCUAAUAAGCACAGAUAUAUUUUUAAAGGACUUCAAAAAACCAAAAACCAACAAAAAACUCAAACCUUGAAUGCUGCCAGUUCUAGAGCUGCCUGUGAAAUCAAGCCCCCUGUUGAUAAUGAAUGCUACACACUGUCCGCUUACAUUUCAGCCUGUGCUGCUUAAUAUCACUGAGGACUUCAAUGACUCAAUCCUCCUCAACAACCGAAGCAGCAACGGAUUCUGUGAGCAAGUCUUCAUUAAAGCAGAAGUCUUCUUGACUUUAGGGAUCAUCAGCCUGCUGGAAAACAUCCUUGUCAUCCUCGCAGUGCUGAAGAAUGGAAAUCUACAUUCUCCCAUGUACUUUUUCCUCUGCAGCUUGGCAGUGGCAGACAUGCUAGUGAGCAUGUCAAAUGCCCUGGAAACUAUCAUGAUUGCAAUCCUAAGCAAUGGCUACUUGGUCAUUGAUGACCGCUUUAUCCAGCAUAUGGACAAUGUUUUUGACUCAAUGAUCUGUAUCUCCUUGGUAGCCUCCAUUUGCAACUUGUUGGUUAUAGCUAUUGACAGGUACAUUACUAUUUUCUAUGCUCUCCGUUACCACAGUAUUAUGACUGUGAGGAAAGCCUUAAUCCUCAUUGUGGCCAUUUGGAUUGCUUGCAUCAUCUGUGGCAUCAUAUUCAUUGUCUACUCAGAAAGCAAAACUGUUAUUGUCUGUCUCAUCACCAUGUUCUUCACCAUGCUUCUUCUCAUGGCCUCCCUUUAUGUUCACAUGUUCUUGUUUGCACGCCUGCACGUUAAACGGAUUGCAGCCCUCCCAGUAGAUGGGGUGCCCCACCAGCGUACUUGCAUGAAGGGAGCUGUGACAAUCACCAUCCUACUUGGGGUCUUCAUUGUUUGCUGGGCACCUUUCUUCCUUCAUCUCAUUCUCAUUAUUUCUUGCCCAACAAACCCAUACUGUGUAUGCUACACUUCCCACUUUAACACAUAUCUUGUCCUGAUUAUGUGCAACUCCAUAAUCGACCCCCUCAUUUACGCUUUCCGGAGUCUGGAGAUGAGAAAGACAUUCAAAGAAAUAAUAUGUUGCUGUUAUGGCAUGAGUGUGGGACGAUGCAUGCUGUAAUCAUUUGGCUUUUUACUGGGGGUAUGAAUAUAUUGGAUGUAGAUAUAUAUACAUGUGUGUUGGGGGUAGGAGUUGGCAACUCUACAUUGCAACCAGUGAUUAAAGGAAAGACAGAGCAAAAGGAGGGGAGGUUUUACUUGAUGUCUUUAAAAGUUAGGCUCUCAGAAAAGAAAGACAGAGAGUGAUCUACUUUCCAAGGAGAUAACAGAAGUAAAGCCAGAGUGCUUUGUAAAGCAGCUCAGAGAGUCUAAAUUCUCUGCAAAAAAUGAAUUUGCUAAGUAAUGUACUAUAAAUGCUAUAUUGCAAAGACUUAUGUAACAGUCUUUCCCUUCUACCUGUUGCUAGUGUUUUAUUUCUAUGCCAUCACCAACCAAAAAUCGGUAUAACCUGAAAAAGGCAUCUUGAGAAACGCUGCUGAAAACUGUUCAUUUCCAAGAGAAAUCACAACAUCAAAGAAACAACAACAGUGGCUUGCAGUCACUGUUAUACACACUUCUGCUUUUCAGAGGGAUUAUAUUGAUGUUUAUGCUGCUUCCCCUAAAGCAGCCUAGGAAAAGUCUUUAACUUGUAAAGGCAAAAAUAUUCCUGAAACACUGAAAUAUUGCUUUAAUACCAGUCGUCUAACAGAGCCAGGAGACCUACCAUGGUUUAAGCAAAAGUGGGGACUUGUCAAUGAAAGGGGGUCAUUCUAAUCAGGCAUUUACAUUCUACACGAGCACCACCUCAUUAAAGGUAACACUGUCAUUUUGCUACGCUAAGCAAUGAAUUCUUGAUUAUAUUAAUAAAGCAAAUCGCAGCAAGUCAUCUUUUGGUGAGAAGUUACUGGUUAAAACAUAGAGAAGAGCUAAAACAGCACAUACUUUGAGCUAAGGUUUGGUCUGUACUUUGAACUUGGCUUUUCCGGACAGUAAGUGAAGGCAGACAGUGUAAGGGUAGCAACGGGCUGACAAAGAACUGCCUGCAAGAAGAAAGGUGUAGACAAAGCAUCACAUCCUUGGGUUUAGGGAUAGAAACACUGGGUCUGAAUCUCUUCUUACUUAGACAGGCUUCACAAUGGUGUAAAUAUUUUGACUUCAGGGGAGUUGCUCCUGACUGAAAGAAGAAUGAAAUCAGCUAUUUGCAAAUUGCUUUCAAAUACUCUCUCUGCAAGGUGGCGGCCUGUAAAACAAAAUGCCUCACUUUAAGCUACAUAAAUUAAGUGACCUGUGCUUUUUAAUAGAAGCCAAAAUAUAAGUGACCUUCAAAUGGUGUCUGUCACUGAAUGCAAGCUGUAAAUUAUUUCUGUAUAAUACAACAUGUGAGCAGCAUGCACAGACUAUGAAAACCUACACUGUCAUUUGACGUUUUCCCAACACUUUCGUAUUCUUAAAAACAUACAUCGAAAAAUAGGGCAGCAGACAGAAGCCCUGCAAGUAACAUGCAUAUAGGUUUUAUAUUUUCUUCAGAUGUUUGAAAACUAUUAAUUACUUUUUAAAAACUUAUUUGUUUUAGUCUCAAGAUAUGUCAUUAGCUUGUUUGCCAUUUCCUGGAAUACUAUGCCUUGUUUAUAGCGCAGUUGUCUAGACUAUUUAUUUGACUGCCUUGGGUCCUCAGCAUCCAAUGACCUUCAAAAUAUUAAUGUCUCUAGUUCAGAAAUGUCUCAUCUUUGCAACAGCUGCUGUGUUACACUGAGCCCACUACAGACAACUCAGAUUUUCAAAUAACCAAACUCAACUGUAUAUAAUUAUUAUUAAUACUCUUCCCUGUAUCCUAUUUCACAAUGUUAUGUUUGGUAUCACAUGUUGUCUUACACUGGUGUAUGUUAAGCCUUUAUUGUACGUUAUGUAUUAUUCACUUCUUUUUUAAAUAAUUUCAGAUAGCCAUCAUUUAAGUUGUAUUACGCUUUGCUUUGAAGUUCUCAAAUAAGGGCCUUUUGAAUUU